AGCUCGAAACCUCUAGGAGCUGUUUACACGUCCAUCAUGGCCUGGCGCGCCUUGCUCUGCUGCCUUCUGGCCGAAGUGGCGACAGCGGAGACAGCGAGUUGCUCUCCGAGCGAAGAUGAGGAGACAGCGCAGCGCACUUCGUUUGUGCAAAUGGCGAAGCAUCUGGAGAAACAUCUGGAGUCUCGCGAAGCGGCAUUGCCAGGUGUUUGCUUGCGAUCUUUGAGUUGGGAGAUUUACCGCAAGCCCAUCCAGGAGGUGCUGAAGGAUCACCCCAACUAUGAUGGAUGGUGCAUCUACGGCAUCAUGGGUGAGCUGUUCUCCAAGUGUGCUGUGGCCCGCGAGGUACGGCAGCUCGUUCCUUUCACCGACGUCAUCCAGAAGAAGGAGAGCCCGAUGCACUUGGGCCGAACACAGCGCUUUGUGCUGGAAGGAUCUGAGGUGAACGUGGACCGGAUGCAUGUCCUGGAUGAUCUGUACUGUCACGUGAAUGGCUGGUAUGAGUUGAGCAGUGAAGCUGCAAGCAACUACAGCUAUGUGGAAGAAGCCUCAAAAAAAGUAUUGCCAGAGCUUGGAAGAGAAGGUGCCAGGAUACCGCACCAUGUCUCUGGCCGAUGUGACGAAGAUCUCGGGCGAGAAUGAGGAUUGGCUCGCCAGCCUUCGUCAGGACCUGGUGCACUUGCCUCAGAAGGUCUCGAAUGGGCUUCUGGCCCUAGGAGCUGCCAAGUGUUUGAUGUCUGGAACGGGAAGUGCCGCCAUUUGCGACAUGGCCCACUGUGCAAAGAAGAAGGAAGAGAAGCUGAUGCUUCAGCAGAAAAAAACUAGGCUGAUGACCUGCUGUUUAGGCUGGAUGCUUCAGUGCUUCGACGCUCUGAUUGAUUCGAUAUCAUCACCGACGGGAAAUGGAACUGCAUGGGAGGCUUCAAGUGUUCUCAUGGUGCCGAGAACAGUCUUGAGUGCCACAAGCUGCACAGCAAGAUGUGGCCAAGAGAAUCUGGCUCUUCCACAUGCUUGUUCCGCUCGCACGCAGCCUGGGGAUGUGAGCUUGUUUGGCGAAUUAUCACUUUAUUUGG